GGUGGGCUUUAAUCCUAAUCUUGACAAAAUGGCGACUGUUGUUGUUUUGCCGCAGGGUCAGUGAAAAACUCCGCUUUUCGUUUCAUUAAUUUUCUGCAAUAAUUUGCAGAAACGUCGCUAACAAAACACCAGGCGCCCCAGAGUCGACUCUGCGUGGAGUGAAAUGAAAGGCAAAGAGCGGUCGCCAAUUAAAAAACGCUCCCGGGCCUUGGACGAUAUUCGAGACAGGGGCGGAUGCCACCCGAGCAGCAAGAAAAUGGGGGCUCUCUCCGUUUCCAGCGGGAGUAAUAACGGAAACAGCUCGACCAAAGGCGACAGUGGCUCGGCUAGAAGGAGUCUACUCGGUGAGAAAAGAGACCGGGACUUUGACAGCCACAGUCGGGCCGGAAAUAACCACAGUUGUCAGUCAGCUGCUGCUAGCUCCGUGGUUAAGAACCACAGCCUGAGCCUGACGCUCGAUUUAGCUUCGCAGCGGACCACUUCCCGGGGGGAGCAGCGUGUCCAGCCGCCCAACGCCGAGAGUGAGUACCAGACUCUUAAAAUAAGCGACCUCGGCACCCAGCUGAGUGACGAAGACGUGGAAGACGGACUUUUUCACGAGUUCAAGAAAUUCGGCGAUGUAAGUGUGAAGAUUAGCCGUAGCAACGACGAGCGGAUUGCAUUCGUGAAUUUCAGGAAGCCGGAGGACGCCCGCGCUGCCAAACACGCCAGAGGACGGCUGGUGCUGUACGACCGUCCACUAAAGAUCGAGGCGGUGUAUAAAAAUAGGAGGAGAAGCCGCUCCCCAGUUGAAAGAGACUUGUACGGUGCAACUCAGAGCCAUAGACACUUGCAGAGACCGCUGUCCCCAACGGGGCUCGGAUACAGAGACUACCGGCUGCAGCAGCUAGCAUUAGGACGGCUCCCCCCGCCGCCGCCUCCACCCCCUCUCCCCAGAGAACUGGACCGGGACCGAGAGUUCGCUCUGUUUGAGGCCAGGGCACGUCCAGCUUUCAUUGCAGAACGAGCAGCUUUUCGUGAGGAGGAUUUUAUAUCUCCAGAAGACGACCAAAGAGCCAACAGGACGUUGUUUUUAGGCAACCUGGACAUAACUGUGACUGAGGCUGACCUAAGGAGAGCUUUUGACAGGUUUGGAGUUAUCACAGAGGUGGAUAUUAAGAGGCCCACCAGGGGACAAACUAGUACAUAUGGAUUUCUGAAAUUUGAAAAUCUAGACAUGGCCCACCGUGCUAAGCUGAACAUGUCUGGUAAAAUCGUGGGCCGCAAUCCCAUAAAGAUAGGCUAUGGGAAAGCAACACCCACCACACGCCUGUGGGUGGGUGGACUUGGACCCUGGGUUCCUCUAGCUGCUCUGGCAAGAGAGUUUGACCGUUUUGGAACUAUAAGAACUAUUGACUACAGAAAGGGGGAUACCUGGGCCUACAUUCAGUAUGAGAGUUUGGAUGCUGCUCAGGCAGCUUGUACACACAUGAGGGGUUUCCCACUGGGAGGUCCAGACAGAAGACUGAGAGUAGACUUUGCUGACACAGAGCAUCGUUAUCAACAGCAGUUCCUGCAGCCUCUUCCUAUACCACCUUUUGACAUGGUGGCUGAGUCAUUUGUCCACCGUGCUGCACCUGAACCACUCAGGGUCAGAGACAGGACUCCACCCCCGCUACAUUUUAGAGAGAGAGAAAUAUUUCCUGGAACUGAGUGGCCCAACCCGGCUAUUCGAGAGCGAGUCCGGGCCUCACCCUUUGAACCUCUGGAGCACUUGGAGCGUGAGAGACGAGCACGAGAACCUUGGUCUCUGGAAAGAGAGCUGCAAGGACGAGAACCUGUGCGCAAACGGCGAGUGAUGGAGGAUGGACGUCAUAUAGAUCACUCCCCUGACAGCACUGACAGGACAGUAAGGCGCAGGCGUUCUUCUCCAGAUGGCAGCCCUGGAGGAAGCAGCAGAGAUGGGGGGCGCUACAGUGACUCAGAGCGCCCUGUAAGGGGUGAAAGACCCUCCCCUGCACGAGAACGUCACAGCAGCCUUGAAAGAGCUGGUGCUGAAAGAAGACUUAAAAGCCAGUUUCUAUCUGACAAGGCACCACCAGGGAGCAGUAUUUCAGUGGUUGGUGAGCGCAAACGUAAAGCAGGUGAUGGUAGUAAAGGGCCAGCCAAAAGAGAACGUCCAGAAAGCAGCUCCAAAGGUGGUCAGCUGUCCAAAUCAGAGGGCACCAGGCUCAGUUUGGCCUGGCAUGGUAUGCUACUGCUAAAGAAUAGCAACUUUCCAGCCAACAUGCACCUGCUGGAAGGAGACUACAAUGUGGCUACUGACCUGCUGGUCGAUGGUUCAACGGGGCGGCAGGUGAGCGAGCUAAAGAUCACCCAGCGGCUCCGCCUGGACCAGCCUAAGCUUGACGAGGUGUCCCGACGCAUCAAAGUCGCAGGUCCUGAUGGCUACGCCAUCCUGCUGGCAGUCCCUGGGCCUACAGAGGAUUCAUCUUCAUCUGAUCCUGCAGUCUCUACUCAGCGUCCUCUCCGGAACCUGGUGUCCUACCUCAACCAAAAACAAGCUGCAGGAGUCAUCAGUCUACCUGUGGGAGCGAGCAGGGAUAAAGACAACACGGGGGUUCUUCAUGCAUUCCCUCCCUGUGAUUUCUCGCAGCAGUUCCUGGAUUCCUCUGCCAAAGCUCUGGCAAAAAGUGAAGAGGACUAUCUAGUCAUGAUUGUUGUUCGUGGAGCAUCUUAAAAAAAAAAAAAAAAAAAAAAAAAAAGCAGAACACACUAAGUUCUCCUAAUGUAAACAAAAGAAAUUCUGCUGUAUGUCAGUAACUAUUGCAUGCUGUGUGUUUUGCAUUAUGAGUUGCAAAGGUAUGGUUCCUGAGUGUUUGUAUGUUGCCAUGUAAUCCACUAAAAAGGACAGAGUUCCCUUCCUCAAACUCAACAAAGGUGGUAUGGUUUUGAAAUUAUUUUAAUAGGUUAUAAAAUGUUCACAGAUCCUAAAAUCCUGCAGUAAGAAUGUUAGAAUGCAUUUAAACGUUAUUAGCAUGCAAGUUAUAAAAUUCAGUGUCACAUGGUAAGAGAAACAUUUGAAAACAGUAUUUUCACUAAUGUUUAAAGGGUUCACUGUGUAAGAUUUAGGUGACACUACUUUAUAUACAAUUUUUUCCUCAUGAAAUUGGAAUAUAAAGUAGUUUUACUGCCAUUAGUUGUAUGUUUAAAAAAAAAAGUGAAAAUAUUUUUUCUGUUAUGCCAGAACUUUUUUAAUUACAUUACAAACUAGGCAUUUUAUAUGGAAGGCAAACUAAAUUCCUUGUGCUUAAAUAGUAAUAACUAAACACGUUCUUGGGCAAAAUUUAAGAAAUAUUCAGUUAUAACAAAAUGCUGCUAAAUCCUACACAGUGCAUUUGUUAAAUGUUGGUAAACAGUUUAAAUAAACAAGAAAAUGCUUAAAAUAGUGACAUUCUAGGGGGAAAAAACACAAUAACACCUCUAAAAAAAUAAAACUAUAUCAUAAGGUUUAAUCCACAAAACUUUUAAAUGUGACUCAACCAAAACCUGUGUUUAUUGUUAAAAUCCCAAACAAGAUUGUGUUUCCUGUGCAGGUGUUGUUGUGUUUACCUUCUAACCUGGUUCUCACAUGAGUUAAAUCAGAGUGGAUCCACUAUAAAGCGUUGAGCCACUGUUUAAGUGAGAAUUUUGAUUUAAUUUAAAAAAUGUAUUGGUAGAUAAUCAAAAGUUAACAGAGAGAAACUGACAUUUGUGGUUUCAUUAAAAGUGUAGUGACAGACUUUGGUACUGUGUUACAAAGAUGAUCUGAACAGAAUUGGUCUUUUUUAAACACACAUUCCAUGGUUAUGUUGCCAUCGUGUUAACAUCCAGAUGCAGACAAAGUGUUCCGUAAUUUGAAAGCUGUGUGAAGAAAGUCAUCUUUUUUUAAGAGCACUCAUUGAAGCUUACUCCUUGUUCUCGUGUUAGUGUCUCAAAGAUCAGCAACCGUUUAGAUCAAACAUGUCAGUUUCCUAGAUUUUUAAUUGUGGUUCACAACGUGUUAAAGUUCGUCAUUUGGUCUUUUUUUUUUUUUUUGUUUGUUUCUUACAAUCUGAACAUUAACAGUUAUGGUAAUUUACCCUGGUGGUGAAUAGGUGGUACAUAAAAAAUGUCAAUCUCUGUCUAAAAUGCUUAUUACUAACCAGUUGCAAUAGAACAUGCUUAAUUCUAUGAAAAAAAAUGACAUGUUCUGCUAAUUUUCCUCAUCAUUUCAAACUACUUGUCUCUAUCUUUGUUCAAUUUUAAUUAGCAGAAAGUACUGUUAUUAUUGAUAAAAACCAGACUAAUAUUUGAUAGUUAUCUCACAGCAGCAACAACGACAAUUUACUUCAUUGUUUUAACACAGGCAAAGUCCAAGUCUUUGUUUUUUUUUAACAAGUUAAGCAGCACUUUAACAGUUAUUUUCAAGGUCUAAAUUUGACACUGUUUUCAUUUGUGACUGCUAAUGUUCUCAGAGCUCUAUAGUCACCAUCUUUUUUCAAUGCCACCCUGUGAUUGUCACCGUGCAAGUGCCCUCUUAACUUGGCUAUAAUUUGCUGUUGUUUGUUUGGUUUUAUGUAUUUUUGGAAACAUUCAUUUGUUUGAAAAAUUAUCUUUCAACAUCGCACUCACUGCGACUGUGGACUCCUGAGAAGAGGAGAGCUGAUGACCUCCCAAGAGAAAGCGAGCGACAUAUGUUUUUCUGUCACUGCUGAGGCCGCUUUUAAAUUGUGUAGUCCAUCUGCACCCGUGAUGACUGUUUAAAAUGGGGGAAAAAUGAGCAAUGUACACUAUGAUGUCAUGGAAAAAGGAAAAUCCAUAAAGCCCAUGAGAAGCUGUUCACAUACCUGAAAGUGCAGUUUUGGCACUGAAUGUGACCGAUUAUCAAUAAAUUGUUCAUUUGAAGGGAAA